AUGGCAACCCGCUCCCGGAGCACCGCUCGUCCCCCGUCCCCUCUUGAUCAAGGAGAGUUGGGACCCGCUAUUUCAGCAACCACCAAUGAGCCAACAAGCCUCGAACCCAAGGUCUAUGGGGAAGUUUCCCUCAGCCGCGCAAUCUCCCUCCUCCUGGGAUUGCAAAACCAUGUCCUCUGGCUUGAACGGGAACUCAAGGAACAAAAAGAAGCCACAAAGGAAGCCCAAGACUGGAUGGGAGCAGUCAAUCAAACCCUUGCUUGCGUCAAGGCUAGGGGUGGAAGCCCACACACACCAGAAGACCGGAAACCCCCGGCAAUCGAGGCCACGCCCAGGCCCCUAUCCAAAACCGACCCUUUUCCAGCGCCUAGUGCGCCCCUCAUUGCCUGGGCGAACCCUACCAAGCCCCCCAUCACCUUUGCCCAACCAACCCCUGUCCGGGCUCCCCCAAGAGUCCAUACUCCCCCUCCAUCUUUGCCUAUCAGACUCCGCUCCCCCGUUGCCCCUCAGCCAGCGGCUCCUGUAGCCACAUACCAAGCCCCUGUCAAGGUGGAUCAUCCUGACGCCUACAUGGGAAAGAUUGGGAAUGAGUCACAACAAUGGCUCACAAGAAUGAUGGCAUGGGUCCGCCUUAAUCAGCGCAUGUUCCCAACAGAUCAGGAGGUACUUUUGUUCCUCCUAAUGAACAUGAAGGACACGGCAGGAGCGUGGGCGCACCCCCACCUUGACCAACUAGGGUCCCACAGGGCCAUUAUCCAAACGGUCAAGGACUUCAGGAGGGAAUUCCUGGCUGCAUUUGGGAACCCGGACGCCACAAGGGCCGCGGAGCGGCAAAUCACCCACCUUACUCAGACAGGUACCUGUGCUGAGUAUAUUACAAAAUUCAGGACCAUUGCCAUGGACCUGGAUUGGAACAAUGCCGCCCUCCGUGGGCAAUUCGCACAAGGCCUCCACUGGGAGGUCAGCCGCCUCAUUGCCACUCGAGAACGGCGCCCAACCACCCUCCUGGAGCUGCAGAACGCGGCCCUGGUCAUUGACAACGCCCUCCAAGAGGAGCGUGCCAGCCACCCGCCCAAGGGUAGUAAGCCUGGAACUUCCUCCACCCCCAAUAGGGGGGCAAGCACCGGCCAACAGGCCACAAGACCAGGACGCCUCUCUAGCAAUCCCAAUUUUGUCUCCAAGGAGGAGCAAAACCGCCGCCGGGCCAAAGGCCUAUGCAUCAAAUGCGGCAAGUUGGGCCACAAGUUUGCGGAAUGCCGCACUGGCUGGAAAGCCACGCCUAAGGAGGAAAGUGUCAAGAAGGAAGCCGCCAAGGUUGGCGAAGAAUCUGGACCCGAAUUGGGAAAAGAUUAA